AUGUCCGUCUUCGACACAAUAAACAGCAUUUACAAGGAAGUGGGCGCUUCCUCCAACACGCGUCGCCAGGGCUUGAUCGAGGCACUGCUGAUUGCAGCGACUCCGCUGGAGGGUCAAUACAUAAUACGCAUUUUGUCAAAAUCUCUGCGCAUUGGCAUACAAAACCAAACAAUCUUGAUCGCCACGGGGUUUAAUGACGACGACUUGGCGACGCUAUCGACGGCCAUUGAAAAGAAUGUUGUAAGCGAAAUGCCUGGCAAUUACCGCGCAAAUAUCGUGCCGGAUGUCUGGGUGACGCCGGAACUUAUUUUUGAAGUACGCGCCGCAGACAUUUCAGCUUCGCCCACAUAUAACGCAGCUGAAACGCUGCGUGAUAAAGGAUAA